UUACUAGUAUCAUGGGAGACUACUGCAACACGAGUGGUUGGGAAAUGUUGCAGUCAGUCCUUUGAUAAGAUUUACCUGUUAAUCCCUGCAGGUAGCGCUGUAUGAACUUAGUGAACUUGUAAAACAACAACAAUAGAAAGUCAGCGAGUAUGAUUAAAGUACAAGAAGUAAAGAUGAGGAUACCAUACACACUGAUCACUUUGGUAUUGAGUGUUGCCUGUCUGUAUGUCAUGGUGGAGGCCUGCAAUGAGCAAAUCUGCGCUAGUCCAGUGAGCCGCUGCCAGCUGAUCCAGGCCUGCGACUGUGACAUGAGUGAUAAGAAGAACUGCUCUUGCUGCCAUAACUGUCAGCUCUGUCUCGCGCAACUCUACUCCGAGUGCUGUUCUUGUGUGGAAAUGUGCCCAACACCCAAGCCUGAGGAUACUAUUGGCAACACCAACACUAUCGAGGAGUUGACUGAACCCCUGCCCGAACUGUUUAGUCUUUUGACAGAGGAAGAAGACUCACAGUUGCGCUGGACUGUUCACAGUUACCCAGUCUAUUUUGAGUCGCUUUACACAAGACAUGCAAACAAGGAAAACAUUAAAGAAGACUCAAUUCACGAUAAGCAUCACUCGCGCGUCAACUGCACGGUGGCAUUUAUGUCUAAGUGCAUGUCGGCGCACAUGUGCAAGAUGUCAUGCCGCUCGAUGGGUGCGUCAAGGUACCGCUGGACCCACCACGAGGGAUGCUGCCAAUGCAUUGGGCACACAUGCAUUGACUACGGUUACAACAAGCCCCUGUGUCUGCAGUGUAAGGGCGAUGAGAAAGACAAAAUGCUUGAAACGGAACUGGACGGGUCGAACAACGAACAGACGAUAGACCAUACGAUGGAUGGGAAGUAGACGGAAAAAAUAGGGUUUACCGCUAAAGUGUUGUAUCUAAUUGAUAUUUACUACAUGUAUCAGAUACAACAGUUUUGCCCUUGACCCUCAUCAUUAUUAGUUAUUUAACAGCGAAAAACAAACUGUUGAUGAUCUUUAAGGACUGAGAGUGGAAAAAGCACUGUGCUGUGUAAAACGGAUGAUCAGUUUUUCAAUUGAGAAAACUUAGACUGGUCAGUUGUGUUGAUUGGUCAUUGUCGUAUUGGGUACUACUUAAAAGUACCCAGGUUACAUUCUUAUGUUGUCCGGAUACGUUUUAGCAUAUUUUCUUACUCUGGGUACAUUGUAGUAUAUUUAAGAGUACACCUGGUUACUUUAAGUAGUACCUGAGCUGACAAUGACCAUUCGAGCAUCAGUUGUGUCAGCAUUAUGUUUUGCAUAAGAGCAGAUUUUGCAUUGUAGAAUUGAUAAAAAUAUCAGUUGAUUCUUCAUAAAUUAAGAAAAUAUGGUUCAUGACAAUGCAGUGUGUAAGUGUUUCAAAUAAUGAACUUUCAAGCAUACUAAGAAUAAAAAAUAACAUCAGUUUCCUGUAAACAAUGAUGAGUAUCUUAGUUAUGGGAUUUGAAGUAUUUAAGAUAAAAUUGUUUUCAGCAUUGGCACUAAAAAUGUGUUUUUUUGUCAAUGAAGAAUUAUGAACCAUUGCUGAGAAGUUAAAAGAACAUGUUUCUUUUAUGUGCUUAAAUAUCUGCCAGGUUUUUAAAUGUUUGUUAAAAAGUGUUACUUCCCUUAAUUUUUUAUUCAGGGUGCUGUCCUUAUACAUAUGUGUGUAGAUCUGUUUUCAUUUAUGUUAUGAUCUUUUUUGCAUGAAGAAGAACCACUUUACAUUUUACACCAGUAUUGUUGUUGAAAGAAAAUUUUGUUAUAUGUAAAUUGUUUUGAUUCAUUUAUGCAUAUUUUGAUUUUACUUGUAUAAUCAUAUAUAUUUUUAAAAAAUGUCUUCAUCACUAAGCAAUUUUGAAAUAAUACAUAUAUAAUAAUACACUUAUGAAGGACAAAACAUUUUAAGUAUAUGAGUGCUAUGUAAUUUUGUAUUUAUUUAAUGCAUUUAUCAUGUUUAUUUCUCAUAAAUUGUAUUAUGCAUUGCUUUUAGAUUUGACAAACUUCAUGACAACUUUUAUAUUUUUGUUCCCAACAGAAAACAGUAACAUUUAGCUGUAGUAUUACAUGCACCAAAUGUUUGAUAUUUUUAUUCCCAUAAUAGUGUGGGAGGAAUUGAGUAUUGCACUUUGCGUCCGCCUGUAUGUUAACUCUUUCAGUGCCGACAGAAUUUUGAAGGCCUAUGCAAACAGUUUGGAUCCAGAUGAGACACCACAGAACGUGGCGUCUCAUCAGGAUCCAAACUGUUUGCUAUUCUGAUAGUAUUCUUUGAAAAAAAUCAAAGGAAAUGCUAAUUUUAGAAAUUCAGCAGACAACAUUUUAGCAGACGACAAAUUUCCCAGCAUGCAAAGGGUUAACAGUCUUACCAGUAUGUUCUAAAGCAUGUGAGUUGAACUCCUUUUAACUAUUAUGGAUUAUGUUCAAACUUUCACAGUUGAUUGGCUUAAAUAUGUAGAGAAUAUAAAUUGUGUGUGAACAUUUUCAGUAGAAUGAUCACCCUUUGUGUGUUUGUUUACAAUAUAAUUUAUUGUCCCAAAAAUGUAUAUUUUCAAAUACUUUUUAAAUGCAGGGUGGUUUUCAAUAAAACUUACAGUUGAAUGACCAUUAUUGGUUGAUUCUUAUUAAGAAAGGCAGUUUAGCUGAGACGAAUUUUGGACAAAGUAUCCUAUGUCCCUUUGUCUGUUUUUCCACUAUAAAAUAUUAUAAUUACACAAUUUUUUAGCUCAUCUAUUUUUUGAAAAAAAAUUAUGAGCUAUUGUCAUCACCUUGGCGUCUGCGUUGGCGUUGGCGUCGGCGUCCGGUUAAGUUUUGCGUUUAGGUCCACUUUUCUCAGAAAGUAUCAAUGCUAUUGCAUUCAAACUUGGUACACUUACUUACUAUCAUGAGGGGACUGGGCAGGCAAAGUUAGAUAACUCUGGCGUGCAUUUUGACAGAAUUAUGUGCCCUUUUUAUACUUAAAAAAUUGAAAAUUUUGGUUAAGUUUUGCGUUUAGUUCCACUUUUCUAAGUAAGUAUCGAUGCUAUUGCAUUCAAACUUGGUACACUUACUUACUAUCAUGAGGGGACUGGGCAGGCAAAGUUAGAUAACUCUGGCAUGCAUUUUGACAGAAUUAUGUGCCCUUUUUAUACUUAGAAAAUUGACAAUUUUGGUUAAGUUUUGUGUUUAGGUCCAUUUCGAGGGGUAAGGGCCAGAACGUGAUAAGUGCACUUUUCACACUUUUGGAAAAAUCAAAAAUAAGGUUUUGAGUAAUAAUAUAUU